UAAACAUAUAAUUAAAAGCAUAAUACGUAUAAUAGAUAACUGGUGACUAGGAUACUAUAAAGUAAGUUACAUUUCCGUAGCAGUCAUUUGAAAUCAUUUCUUCUUGACUUGAGGUACUUAUUUUUAUUAUUUUUUAUUUUUUUGUAACCCCCUGUAAUUCAGCAGUGGUGAGUCUCAAACGUCAUGGCAGGCUUGUCUGGUACUACUAUUGUUGAUGGGAGUUACUUAAUAGCAACCACAUUGAUCAAGUUGCAGAAAUAAGUAUACUUUUUAUUUGUUUUCUCUUUAGCGGAACCAUAACGUUUAGCUGUUAAUUCUAUAUCACAUAGCAAUACCAAAUAAAUUAGGAAAUGGCCGGUUCAAGCACGGCGCAGAAGACAUGGGAGCUCUCCAAUAACAUGCAAGAAGUUCAGAGUAUUGAUGAAAUUUAUAAAUACGACAAAAAGCAGCAACAAGAGAUCCUGGCAGCAAAACCGUGGACAAAAGAUCAUCAUUAUUUCAAGUACUGCAAGAUCACAGCUCUAGCCCUUCUGAAGAUGGUGAUGCAUGCCAGGUCAGGUGGUAACCUCGAGGUCAUGGGGUUGAUGCUGGGGAAGGUGGACGGAGAGACCAUGCUGAUCAUGGACAGCUUUGCACUGCCGGUUGAGGGAACCGAGACCCGCGUCAAUGCUCAGGCAGCAGCAUAUGAGUACAUGGCUGCAUACAUAGAAAAUGCAAAACAGGUUGGACGCCUAGAAAAUGCCAUUGGCUGGUAUCACAGCCACCCUGGUUAUGGCUGCUGGCUGUCUGGGAUUGAUGUCAGCACUCAAAUGCUUAAUCAGCAGUUUCAGGAACCUUUUGUCGCAGUUGUUAUUGACCCAACUAGAACAAUAUCUGCUGGAAAAGUAAAUCUUGGAGCUUUUAGAACAUAUCCAAAGGGCUACAAACCUCCAGAUGAGGGUCCCUCUGAAUAUCAGACAAUUCCACUGAACAAAAUAGAAGACUUUGGAGUGCACUGCAAACAGUAUUAUGCUUUGGAGGUGUCUUAUUUCAAAUCUUCACUUGACCGUAAACUGCUGGAACUCCUAUGGAACAAAUAUUGGGUCAACACUCUCAGUUCUUCAAGUUUGCUAACUAAUUCGGAUUAUACCACAGGACAGGUUUUUGACUUGUCUGAGAAGCUGGAGCAGUCUGAAGCCCAGCUUGGCCGGGGCAGUUUUAUGUUAGGUUUGGAUACACAUGACAGGAAGUCAGAAGAUAAAUUGGCUAAGGCUACAAGAGACAGCUGCAAGACCACAAUAGAAGCUAUCCAUGGUUUGAUGUCUCAGGUUAUUAAGGAUAAACUCUUCAAUCAAAUUAAUACUUCCUCGACCUGAUCUGAGGUCCCUUCCUGUAAGCCAAGAUUUACAACAUGUCACAUUUUGUUUCACCAUUGCACUCAGUCCGUAUCCUAGCUGUGUUUAAUAAUCUGUUAACUGUGGCUAGACUUUUCAAAGGGAGGUCCUCCUGGGGUGGAGUAGACAUUGAUUUGUGGUGUUUGUUCUGUUUAUUUUUCUCUUUUUUUUUUUUUUUCAAUGGCAUAUUUGAAGCAAUACAUACAAGUAUUUUGACAUGACAUUUUAGUAAAGCUUCUCCUAACUAGUUUUUUUUUUAUGUGAUAUAUAAAAACAUGUGCACUGACUUUAAAUAAAAGGGUUUCAAUGUGUUGUGUGGUUGCAGUAGCUAAUUGUUAUAUUCAGAAGAAUCUCAAAUGGCAUUUGCUGUCCAGUGAAGUGUUUUUUUUUUUUUUAAAGGAAGAUCUUAUUAUGAAAAAUAUAUAUGUUGAAUGAAAAUAAUUUAUACUUUAAAUGUAAGUUACUUUUACCUGCACUCAUCAGCGCUAUGCAAUAAGAAAACAAUUAUGAAGCUUUAUGCAUUAAAAUGGUAGAACAGUUGUCUGCAUGAAAAGACUUCCAAUGCUUCUUUACAUUCCA